UUGGUAAAACAUCAAAACUGGCUCCCACUAUCGAUAUAUCGAUAUGUUACUGCCACUCUUGAAAGCAAAUGAACAGUUUUAUUUAAUGGACAAGGAGAGAAAAGCAUAUGAUGUGCUUCUACAAACAAUAAACAGUCGAGCGCGCGGCUCUACUUCAGCGGAGCAAGGACUUUACCAGCGCCAACUGCAGUUCCUGCGCGACUUUGAAAUACAGACGCCUGCAGGACCAUAUGGCGCAAACACAGCGGCCCAGCUUGCACAUCUGCUGACAGAGGAGACUCUGGUGAGUAGUGGGCUUGGCGAUGACUCAUUGAACCUGACCGCAUGGCUGCUCUGGCUAAACGAGCUGCUCUUGAGCCGAAAACAGCAGCUUGGCGAGACGCAGCCGAUGCUCGAGUGGCUCUUGCAGCAUGUGGAACACAAAUGCACGGUUGAUGCACUGCGCUGCCUGCUUUCGCUGCUGGAGUCGCUGCCAGUGGAUACAGCGUCCACGUCCUUUUCACGUUUGGUAGCAAUUCAGACGCCGUCCAGCGUGGAAGCAGCGCUGCUGUUGGUGCUGUGCCAGGAUAAGCUGUUCAGCACGUUGUGUACUCCAAAUGCGGAACUGCACGUCCACGAAUUGCAGCAGAGCAGCCAGUUGGCCAACUCAUUGCUGCAAAUGCACUACGAUGGGCGCUGGACAAGGAUGACAGCCACCGAAACGCAUCAGCAGGAGGAGCAGCUAACGAUGCUGGUGGUGCACUCGCUGCAGCUGCUGCAAAAGAUAUCGGCACAGCAUGCGGACUAUGCACAGCAGCAUGCGCCGGAGCUGCUCGGCAUGGCUCUAGCGAAUGUGCGAUGCAGAACCGAUGGAGAAACAGUGAAGGCAAUAUACCAAUUGCCACAUCGGGUUCAUCCUGCCCAACAAUCAGCAGUCUAUGGGCCGGACGAUGAGGAUUUGACAACUGGCAGCAAUCAAAACACAGCUGCAGCCGGUAGACGUGUCAAGUCCCGCAAGAUGCGCUCACUGACCAAGCAGCGAAACAAUGGCAAUAUACAGGAAAGCCCUGGCACAACUGGCCCCGGCGAUCGGAUGCAUCUGCUGCUGCUGGGCAACAACGACUACGGCUGUCGAACACCGAGUGGCGGUGACUCUGAGGGCGGAUGCACUCCCACUUCGGACGGCGCUGGGCAACAGUUGGCGGGACAGAAGCAGCAGCGCCAAUGCCAAGUUAAGGUACGCGUCGCAGCCCUUCAACUGUUGGGCGCAGUCACCAAACAACUGCCUCGGCGCACUCUCUAUGGCUACUGGCAUGUGCUCUUUCCCAGCGGAAGCGGUGGUGCUGCUGCUGGCAGACGCGAGACAAAGGAUCACUUGCUGUAUAUUGGCGCCAAUGAUGGCAAUGUGCGUUGCCGAGCCCUGGCGCUGCAGUUAGCUGCUCAGCUUCUGUACGGCUCCAAGCCGUAUCUAAGCCAAGCGAGCUGCGCUUUGGCGCCAAGCAACUACACACCAUUUGCAAUGAGCCUGGCCAGCAGCGUGCUGGAAGCGUAUCGUCAACUGACGGGCAUACUGGAGCGCGAGUAUGCGCCGCCGGUGCUGACGCAGUGCCUUAAGUGUCUGGCGGUGCUGGUGCAGGCGACGCCUUUCGAGCAACUGCAAAUGGGCAUCGUCUAUGAGUUUGUGCCGCACGUGAAAAUGUUAACGCGGCAUGUGGAUACCAGCGUAAAGGUGUCUGCGCUGCUGGUCAUGGAAAUGCUGGUGGCAACGCCACGCCUUACACGGGAGAUGGCCUGUGCCGUAGGUCUUCCGCCAAACGAACGUCGGGCUGUCAACAUGGUUCAUGCGUCGCCGCGCCUCAAUGCCCACCAGGAUCCGGAGCAACAAUUCCAACAGCUCUGUGACUCCGAAGAGGAGGAGGGAGAGGAGACGGAGGCGAUGUCGGAAGCGGCGGCUGUGCCAUCAGCAGAGCAACAGGUGCAGCUACCCUCCAAUGUGUUGCCUUGGACUCGCAUUCCGCGCAACUCGUGGCUGUUGCGUUUGGUCCUGCGCUAUCUGGACUGCCCGUCGAGCGCGGCGCCGCUGCGUGUCGAGUGCCUUCAGGUGCUCCUGGCCAUGGCCACGCAUUUUGGGCUCUUACGUGAACAUCUUGGGCGCCUAGCUGACGUGCUUUGCUGCGCCUUGCAGGAUUCCUCUUGGGAUGUACGUUUGUAUGGAGCACGCUGCCUCGACGCGAUCGGUUUCCAGAUGACUCGUCAUGCAAUGGAGCAAUCAGACCCCAGGCCCGAACUACAGCAGCAGCAUUUGAAUUUCUGGCUACGCAUGCUGCCUGCCAUUUAUGGCGCCUACACGGAUGCAGGGGAGGCGACAUUGCGCAGCUCGCUAUGCGAUGCACUGUCCAACAUGGGCGGCAACAGUUUCGAACGCUUGCCGCAGGCGCAGCGCACCGGUCUGCUGGCGUUUCUUUUGGGCUGCAGCAGCGACGACGCCGCGGAUCAUCUGGUGCGAGCAGCGGCCGUGCGAGCGCUCGCUGUUUAUGUGCUGCAUCCCACGCUGCGGGACGAUCUAGUGUUUGUGGAGCAUGCAGCUGAGCUGGCGUUGCGUCUCAUCGGCGACAGUCAACUGGCUGUACGAAUCAAGGCCGCGUGGGCGCUGGGCAAUAUCAGUGAUGCGCUUGUGGCGCCCAGCCAUGCAGUUUCGGAUCCGGAACGACAGGAGACGCAAGAGAAGGAGCGCAUUUCGCAGGCUCUGCUUGGGCGACUGAUCGAAGCCGCUGUCGGGGCGUGCGGGGACCAUGACAAGGUGCGCGCCAAUGGAGUCCGCGCUCUAGGCAAUUUACUGCGUCUGCUGCCUGGCGAUGAGCAUGCACUGAUGCAGCGGGCGAUGGCCAAGCUGCUGGACUGUGUGCGCGCCGCGGGCAGCGCCAAAGUCAAGUGGAACGCCUGCUAUGCCAUUGGGAAUUUGGUGCGCAAUCGUGCAGUAUUCUCGACUAGUGCCAGCUUGGCGGGCACACUUUUUGCGGCACUCAGUCAGCUGAUUGUGCAGCACUCGAACUUCAAGGUCCGCAUCAAUGCCACCGCCGUUCUGCUGCAGAUCGAGCAGCGCGCAGACAUCGGUGUCCACUAUGCAACCAUGUGGCGCUCGCUGCUGGCGGCCAUCGAACGCUCCAAUGCUCUGGACACUUUCGAGGAGUACAACCAUCGUGACGGACUGCAGCAGCAGCUCUGCCUGGCCCUGGCACAUAUGCUGGGGCGUGCGCGUCCCGAUGAUCUGUUGUCCUGCCGUGACGCACUUGAAACACAUCUGGAUGUAGUCAGCGGCACCUGGCGUCGCGUUGCAUAUCGCAUUGUCCCCGAGCAGGCGGCACCGCUGUUCACCUGCGGUUCCUUGCUGCAGCAACGCCUUGGUGCCCAUCCGCUCACCGCCGAGCAGCGAAGCGCACUCACAUUCCUCGCCGGUGCACUGCGUCUGGAGAGUUAACCUUGCUGCCAACAAGGCCGACAAAUCAAGGACUGCAAUGAAUCCUAAGGACCUCUACGAGUUACAAGCAACCAGGGUCGCCCUUUAAUUAAGCCAGAUAUAGCCAUUUUAAGCCCAAAUAAGCUAUAUUUAUAAAGCAUCCUCGUUUUGUAUAAUUUCAAAAGAAAAUAAUAUAAAAAGAAACAAUUUUGUAAAUUAAAA